GGUUCUCUGUGAGCUUCCCGGAAUUAGGCGCGAUAUAUGGCGUUCGGUUGAAGCUUUUGUCGGACGGCAUUCAAGUUACAAUGCCCUAGUGUUUCUUCUCUGUUAGAUUGGUAGAUGCCUCGCUAGUAGAAGCUCUUCGUCUCUGUUUGAGUGGUUAAGCCGCUCAUCUUGCUCGACUUUUUCUUCGGAUUGUAUCCCGACGCAGAUGCUGUGUAUAUGCCGUGUCCGCUGUUAUAAGAGUUCAGAAAGAAGUGAAGGCCAUGGCGUGCCAUUGUUUGUUGCAUCAUAGCAUACAGCCAUUUUGGAGAGGUGUUUAUGGACUGAGAGACUUUUUCGUGGGAAGCGGAGGGGCGGGAAGAAAGUUAAGGCUCAGGGGAUCAAAGGUCCGCUAUUGGUAUAACUCAACUGGUCUAUCCAUGAAUUCCUCUUGGCAUGCAUCGAUCAGGGAUUAUUGUCAGAGGCCUAUUGUUGUGGAUUCAGGUUCAUCAAGGCUUGUCAAGGCAACACCUUUACUGGGCUGCUCACGUGCGCUUUCUGAGGAUGAAAAAAAGUCAUUGAAAAACAUACCCCCUAAUUUUGCUAAACAGGGGAACCAGACCAUUAAACCUGAUUCUUUAAACAAUCGUGUGAUGUUUGUCGAUGGAACUUCGAUAUUGUAUAGGUCAUAUUAUAAACUUUUGGCUAGACUACAUCAUGGCCAUUUAGAGCAUGCGGAUGGCAAUGGAGAUUGGGUUUUAACCAUAUUCACAGCCUUGUCAAUGCUGCUGGACGUGCUGGAAUUUGUUCCAUCUCACAUUGCGGUGGUAUUUGAUCAUGAUGGAUUUUCAUUUGAUCAGACUACUGCCAUGCCAUUCAAAGAAAAAUACGUGUCAAAAGGAUUGACUUUUCGGCACAUGCUAUAUCCAUCUUACAAGGGAAACCGCAUACCCACACCUGAUACUGUUAUUCAAGGUCUUCAAUAUUUGAAAGCGUCCAUUAAAGCUAUGUCCAUUAAAGUAAUUGAGGUUCCAGGAGUUGAAGCUGAUGAUGUCAUCGGUACUUUGGCUGUAAACAGUGUUUCUGCCGGAUUCAAGGUUAGAAUUGUUUCCCCUGACAAGGAUUUUUUUCAAGUUUUAUCACCCUCAUUACGCCUACUUCGAAUAGCUACACGUGGAUCAGGGAUGGUUUCUUUUGGAUUGGAAGAAUUUGCUGAAAAAUAUGGCACGCUUAACCCAUCUCAAUUUGUUGAUGUCAUUUCACUUGCUGGUGACAAAUCUGACAACAUUCCAGGAAUUGAAGGCAUUGGAGAUGCUAGUGCUAUAAAACUAAUCACUAAAUUUGGAAAAAUUAAAAAACAAUAAAAAUCAGUGCUGAAAACUGAUGCUGUAAUUUCUGAUGUGGUAAUCUUUAUGUCGGAUGGCUAUAGAUCUUUGACAGUUCAAAAUCCAAUCAUUGUAAUGAAUU